CCCUCAAACAGCUGCUGAACGUUAGCUAUUUGAAAACUCAGAGGACUUUUCCCCAUUUUUACAAGAAAUAUCAUCAUGGCUGUUUCACCAGCGGUCACAACGCUGUGCGAGAAUCCAAACGAAGUCUUCUUAGAUGUUACAAAGUUGUUACUUACAUACGCGGACAACAUUUUAAGGUAUCCCAAUGAGGAGAAAUACAGAUCAAUACGCAUUGGGAAUCCCACUUUCUCCACAAAGCUGUUGCCUGUCAAAGGUGCUGUGGAAUGUCUCUUUGAGAUGGGAUUUGAGGAGGCUGAGACUCACUUAGUCUUCCCCAAGUCAGCAUCAGUGGAACAGCUGAAACUCGUCAGGGAAUCUAUUGCCACAGAGAGGGAUCAGAGGCUACGUGGGGAAAGUCCUGUUCAACCAGUUUCUCAGCCUGCUACAGCCUCAGCUUCAGUUGCACGGAGCUUUGCUGCCAUCCCCGACCUGCCUGUAGAAUUACCAUCACAGCAGCCACCGUCCCUGGAGACCAGCAUGAGCUUCUUUGUGACUCUUCAGACAAACUUCCAACAUGUGCUGGUGUAUGAAAACCCUGAGCUGCAGCAGAAAGCCCGGAGUGUCAUCCCACACCAGGAGCUGUACUUUGCUUCUCAACAGAAGCUGAAGGAGGCUAAUGAGUCUGACCCAGAAUGUAAACUUGGAGUAGAAGACUUCUUGGUGCUGGAAUUGCUCAGGUGGUUCAAAAAUGACUUCUUCACCUGGGUGGACUGUUUGCCCUGCAGUAGCUGUGGAGGACCAACCCAGCACGCCCCCUCCCUCAGUCCCAACACCGAUGACCUCCGCUGGGGAGUGCAGCGAGUGGAAAACCACUAUUGUCAGAGCUGCCAGGUUUCCACCAGAUUCCCUAGGUAUAACAAUCCUGAGAAGCUGUUGGAAACCAGGAGGGGGCGCUGUGGGGAAUGGGCCAACUGUUUUACCCUGUGCUGCAGGGCCAUGGACCUUGAGGCCAGGUACAUCUGGGACAGCACAGACCAUGUGUGGACAGAGAUUUACUCUGUCUCUCAGCGCCGCUGGCUGCACUGUGACCCAUGUGAGAACGUGUGUGAUAAGCCGCUGCUGUAUGAGGUCGGUUGGGGUAAAAAAAUCGCCUACGUUCUGGCUUUCUCCAAGGACCAGGUGGUUGAUGUAACAUGGAGGUACUCCUGCAAUCAUCCAGAGGUUUUGUCAAGAAGGACCAGGGUUCAGGAGGCCUGGCUGCUGCACACCAUUAAUAACGUCACUGCGACGAGGCAGCAGUUCCUGAGUCCAGAGAGGAAGAAGGAACUGACAGAGCGGCUGCUUGUUGAGUUGGUGGAGUUCAUCUCGCCGAAGAAACCAAAACCAGGAGAGCUAGGCGGGCGCAGCUCUGGCUCUCUGGCCUGGAGAUUAGCUCGUGGGGAAACCAGAGAAAGUGAUGACAAAGCCUCCACACAGGCUGUAGGUUUUGUGUUUACUCCAACUGAGAAAGAAAAGACCGACAGGAUACUCCACGUACGCUAUAGUGCCUCCAAAGACCAGUACUGCCGAGUGUCCAACGGCUCUGAGACGAUCCAGAACUGGUAUCAGUGUGUGUGGAGGAAGGAGUCCAUUUUCAAGAAGGUGGAAAAUGAUUGGCAGAUGGUGUACUUAGCUCGAACAGAAGGCUCUUCUACAGGAAGCAUCAGCUGGAAGUUUGACUUUGCUCCAGCAGGAUUGAAGAUCAAGUCUGUCUCUGUCAUGGCCAGUAGCCAGACCUUCCACUCUGGGAAAGCCUGCUGGCACUUGGAGUCAGGCCAGUUUACUACAGACUUCUCCGGAGAUGGCAGUAUGCAGUCCUUUCCCAGUCUGUCUGGCUCUUCAGAGUUCAUCGUUGCAGCAGAACUCAGCGGGGGAAUAGGGGAAACGGCAUGGCAGCACUCUCAGCUGUUCAGACAGAGUCUGAAGGAGACCGAGGAGUCGUCAUUUGAAAUCAUUGUUUAUCUUCAAGAUGCUUAACAGGCGUUUCGACUUCAUUGCUCAGAUGCUCAGAGCUAACUGUUUGGGUUGUAGUUUCAGUGCAAUAUGUAAGUUCUCAGAGUGAUUGAACAUGCAUGGCCUGAUGAUGGAUUAAUCAAAAUAUUAUUUUCAUUGCUGUCACUUUUUUUUUUUUUUUUUUUUAUAUAUCUCUUACUUUGACUGAGGGCCAGUUAACAUAUAAGACAUGUACAGUUUUAACCAUAAAGCCAUAUAGUUUUGUAAUGUUUUCCUCCACUGUGAAUGUGUUUGUAUUUUGGAGUGCUUGGAGAUGUUCCACAUAGCAAAAGAGGGUUGAUGUUCUGGUGAAUUAAGGUUGCUACAGGUCUGUUGGUACUAAUAAACUGUUUUGUUUUGCC